GGCACAAGGGCAGGACCGCAUCCCGAGCCGCCUGCUCUGCUAGCUCUAGAAUCAGACGUAACCAUUUCUUAUUUGGUUCAUACACCAAAGAGAGUAUCUCGGACCAUUGCUAUCGGGGUUACUCCACAGUCUGAGCUGGAAAUCUGAGUCUGAAACGGGAGGCAAGAUAUCUCGUUUCUUCCGCCACCACGGAGAAAGUGACGGACGGAGCAGAGCCUGAACACCGGGAUUUUAUAUCGCUUCAGUUUAGGAUAUUUCAGCCACCUCCAGUGGCCCAGCCUUGAUUUCUUUCAGGGCACCUGCUAUUCCAUAGAGAAUAUUACUAGCAGUCGUUUGAACAUGUUGAACUAAGGUUGUAUAUUGAACAGGCGGACCACUUUAAACCCAUGCGUAACAGCGGUGGAUUUGGGAAUACUGCGUAGCCGUUCAACCAGCCAGUCUUCAGAUAAGCUGUUCUGUUAUCUGGAGGUAUCUACAAGCGCAAAGAAGAGCAACCAGGACCUUUUACUUUGUUCCGGAGGCUAAACGUUGAAAACCCGAAGCGCUCUCGGUGCGCAGUCCUUCCGAGGACGCUCCUGAAAUUGCCGACCUGCGCUUUUGCCCUCGACACAAAUUGGCAGCCGAGUCGAGAAAAAGGGCAAAGCUUAUUAACUUUGCAUGCUAGAGGCUAGAGUGUGGAAUCUAAUUCACGGGGUUACCGGUGUAUUUGCAUAACAUCGGAAGAGGAGGAUAAACUUAAUCAACAUUUGACAUCGACAAAGCGGCUGCUGGAUUUUGGAGAACAGAAUGAAUCCUUUUUAAUUUGGACCACAGAAGUAUGAGGCAGAUUGCUCAGUGAAUGCUACAAUCUGCAUGGAGUUCUAGUCUGCACUACGGAGCAAUUUAUGGAUGGUUUCUAAGACGGGAGAUGCGGUUGAAUGGCUGUGUGCUUGUGCUGUUUGAAGCUGCAGAGUGACUGGCCUGGACUGUGCUCUGAAACCGUCUCAACCGUGCUGUCCCAGUGCAGGUUGGCCGCAGAACUCCCCACGGCUGUAGAACUGUGCCCACCUCGCCAUGCUGGCCUGUCUGCAGAGGAGGCAAAACCCUCCACCCCAGCACCCGGUGUGUGCCAGCAAAACCCUGGAGCCCCCGCAAGCCCUUGGACGGAAAUGUGAGCUGGCGGUACCCACACAUUCCCCACGCUACCCCACUGCGGCAGAACUUGAUGCCUUCGCUCAGAAGACGGCCAACAGCCCUCUGUCUAUCAAGAUCUUCCCCACCAACAUCAGGGUUCCUCAGCACAAACACCUUAAUCGGACUGUGAAUGGAUAUGACACCACCGGGACACGCUAUGGUCCCUUUAUCUGCGCCGGGGGGCUGCUCGCCGUCCUCAAGGCCUCUUCAUCGUCAUCAACAGGCACCUUCUUUCCUGCAAAAGGUGUUCUGAAGAAUUCCGAAGGCAGACGGACUAAGCUCUCUCCAGCCCACAUAGCAGUUGCCCCAUACCCGCCCCCUAGUAGUAGCACUUUAGCCAGUGGCCACGGCCAAAUGGUAUACCACACGGGGCCCUCGAAGCCUCCUGAAGGCCCCGUGCUGUCGGUUCCCCCAAAUGUCACUGUAGCUGGCUCAGUGAUUCCUGUAACAGGGGGCCGAGGCCUGCCCCUGCCCGCACAGUCCAACCUCCCCUCCAUCCAGAGCAUCAUCUACCAGAUUAACCAGCAUUGCCAGGCCCAGGCUCUGCAGCAGGUGUGCCAGGGGGCCGCCGCACCGUCUAACUCUAGCCCCUCCAAGCACGGCACAACUGUCAUGGGGGUCUCUUCAAGCUCCUCAGGUGGAAGCUACGUGGUGGGAAUGGGUCCCCAGUCUAACAUGCUGUACACAGGGCCCGGGCUGCCUGCUCAGAAUGCAGAGGCGAUGAAGACGGGCAUGUACGCAGAUGGUAUGGACUACAUCCUCUGGCAGAAGCAUCAGCAACAACAACAACAACAACAACAACAGCAACAACAACAACAACAACAUCAACAUCAACAUCAUCAGCAUCAACAGGCUGUGCUCCGUAUGUACAGCGGAGGGAGCGGUGGAGGGGGCGCCAUCAGCAAGUCCCCCGAAACUUGUGUUCCAGGGGGAGGGAUUAUGGGGCCGCAAAUGUCCUCCUCUUCCUCCAGACCUUACCACCUGACAGCCAGCGGCGGAGGCGGGAUGGACAAAGUUAGCUCCUCCCCUUUGAACUGCGUGGGUAUGCAUGGUAAUUUCUCAGUGGGUCAAUACUUUGCUCCGCCGUGGAACAGUGUGCUGGUGACACCUGACAGUGACUGCUAUAACCCCCAGGAGCUUUUGGCUAACUCUGCAGGAGGGCCGGUCACAGGGCAUAGAGAGAUGGGCUACCCCCACCACCAUCACCACUACCAUCAUCCUCACCACCCUGCUAUAGACAGCGGGGGAGGUAUGUGCUGCAGCCUGCCCAGUAAGAGCAUGUGCAACACAUCGGUGCUGAGCAGCAGCUUACAGUCUCUGGAGUACCUGAUCAACGACAUCCACCCACCCUGCAUCAAGGAGCAGAUGCUUGGCAAAGGCUAUGAGACUGUGUCAGUGCCACGUCUGUUAGACCACCAGCAUGCACACAUCCGCCUCCCUGUUUACAGAUAGAGGGGCACGUUGAAGAGGAGGAAGAGAAUCAAGAAUUGUGAACUUUUGAAGAAAAUCAAAGUUAAAGAACCAAUAUGUUUUGUUUUCUGGGUAGAGAUUAUUAAGAGUGGCACUGCUUUAACUAGUGUGGGAGCUUAGAGAAGAGCAGUUGUUGUGCUGUGCGACCAUUUGGUUUGGUGGUUUACAGGCAGACUGUGGGAGUCCCCAAUAUGAAAGUUGGUGGUGAUUUGGGAGAGAAAAAGGGAUUUCAAGAUUCUCCAGAUGUUCCAUUGUGUGGUUUGCCAAUAGGAAUUUUGGGUUGAUUUAUUAUAUUAUUUGUAUUCAGUUUUUUUGAUGUUGUUUUACUUGCCUGAACUUUUUGAUGAGAAUCAUAGCUUGACAUGAAGUGCUUACGUCACUUGUAUCCCCCUUCCAAAUACUAAGGAUGAAGCUACUGUGUAGGUUGUCACUGAAAGGGUCUUAAGGACCAACGUUUAGGGCUGCUUUCAAAAUCCAAAACUCUGUAACGGUACACACAGAUACACACAUACAUAAACACAAUGUACUGAUAAGUGAGGGGUCUCAAAUUAUACUCGGGUGUGUAUGUAAAAGGAUCAUAAGGUUGAAUUAAAAGGAUAGUACAAUAUUAGUUAUUAUUGCUGUUAUAAUUGAUUCAUAAAUUGCACUGCUUGAAUCUUAUUGACUUUGAAGUUUGAAAUUCGGUAGUUUGGUUAUGAUAUAUUUAAGAAACUUGAAAACUUGAACCUAUUUUUUGUUGUUUUAUAUAUUUGUAGGUAUAUUAUAUGCAUUGGCUGCUAUGGGGAAAGUGUCUCAAAUGCUUUUUUUCUUCUUUUUUUUCCACUUUUGAUUUUAUGAUAAUUCCUCCACAAGCUGAUGUGCAGUCUCUUAUGUCCUGGUGUAAGGCAAAGCCACUGCUUUGGUUCUUUAAGGACCUGGUCGAACCUGGAGAGCUCUUUUUCCUAACCAACACUGGAAUCUACAAAAAAUCUUGAAACAUUUAUUUAAAAAAGAAAAUGUCGCAAAAAACAUGAAAAAGAAAUGUUACCAUGAAGAAUGUGAUUGGGAGGUUAUUGACAUAACCUUAUGUGUAUGUUUAUGCGUGUAUGUUGCUGAGUGCAUGCGCGUGUGUGCAUUUUAGUUUGUGUUCUUCAAAAUCCUCAGACUUUGUUUAUUUUUAUUGUGUUCUUAUAAGAUUUCUACCACCAAGACUGAAAAACUGAUUCCCAUAAACAUCAUAUCUGAGUAAUGUACAGGAAAUAUUUAGCAGAUCUCGCUCUCUUUUAUCGAAGGCUUUAGGUAUUCUCUGGAGUUAGAGUAGAGAUCAAGUUCUCACAUGACUCCUAAUAGGAGUUACUGUGCUAAAUACUUUUGUCAAAUGUUAUCAGAAAUGACAGAAAGAGGUGGGAACAAAUGGAAGUCCUAUGUUGGGGGUAAUAUUCACCCCUGAACCUACAAACAAAUACAAAAUGGAAACAAUCAUGCACUCUGGCAUCACGGGAAAUGAGAAGAGGCUCACUGCUUCCCCUUGUCCUUUUUAGACCCUGGUUGUGAUACAUUUAGCCAGGGCCAGUCUUAACUUGAUGAUUCAGAGCAGUGAAAUAUUUAUUAUGACUGUGAGAUUCCCUUGAAUGUACUGCACUUAAAUUACUGCGAUGUUUUAUUGCCUUGUGGGACUCAAGCGAAAGAGAAAAAUUGGAUCAGUGCAGCAGUCCUCUGGUCUUAAAUUAGCAUUUCUUUUGUCCAUCAAAUUUCAAUGGUAAAUUGAAUUUAGUAACUGGAGAGAGGGAGCCGGAGCUUUGUUGUGAGGAAAAUACUGGCAUCAGUCUAGAUUUAUGAAGUGCAAUUAUUAUGACUGUAUUAACAUUUUUCUCUGAGCUUACACCAAAAAAUGUAAACUACAGUUGUCAAUACAUUCCCAAUGUACCACAUCCCUAAUCCCUAUCCUUUUUUCUGUUUUGAGGUGUAAAAUAAAUUUCUUUAAGAAUA